AUGAGCAUGCACUUCUACAUAGGGAGUUUGUGGGCUUUGGAGCAAAUCAUCACAGACAUCCUCGGUGAAAGUGAGGAUAUCUCCUUGAGGCUUCUCAGUCCUCUCCUUGCUAGUGUUUUAAAAGAAAAUAAGAAAGUUGCACCUUUGUGUUGGAAGCUUGGAGACAGGGUCAUUACCAGCUGUGUAGCUAAGCUUGGACCUCUUCUUUGGGGAGCAGUACAAUCCAAUGGCUCUAUUGUGGAUGAUUACUCUCCAGUUGUGGCUUCUGUGGCUUAUGGGGUCGUUUGUUCCCCUGGAGAAGUUGUUCCUGAACUGGAUAGUGCUCCUAGAUCGAACACUAGUGAUGCUGCUGUCCUUCUUUUCCCCAAUGAUAUUGUUCCUGUUGCUAAAACAAGUACAAAAAAGGCUCAUUCUACAGAUUUUAAGGGUUCACUGAAGCUGGGAAUUGACUUAGAGGCACUUCCAAAGAAAAGGGAACAUAAAGGUAACAAGUUGAUGAACCCUGAUGAAGGCUAUGACCUCUCUUGGCUAUAUGCAGAGAGGCAAAAAUAUGUCGUAUAA